UGUGGCCGACAUAGCUGGUCUACGGAACGCAGUCUGAGAAUGGCGACCGAAGCAUUGCGAGCCUACAGAACGGUGUUGAGAGCUACGCGGAGGACUUUCGCCGGCGACAUCGAAAUGCUCCGGGGUUCCGCUGCGGAAGUUCGGAAGAAAUUCGAGGAAAAUCGUCACGUGACCUCGCCGGACGAAGUUAAUCGCCUUCUCGAGGAGGCGCGUGAGGCCUCCCAUUUCAUCUCAAACAUGAUCGUCCAGGCCAAGCUCAACGAUCGCGGUGGAUACGAAAUCAAGCCGGAGAAAGAGCAUAUUGGAGCUACGCUAGAAUUUCCUUCGGAGGAAAUGCUGAAGAAGCAUAAAAAAUAGGAAUAGGAUUGAUCAAUGGAUCUUCAGUCGGUAUUUUUAAUACCUUUUUUUGAAGUUUUUGGAUAUUGAUCUAGCAAGGUUUGAUUUGAUUGUUUUCGUUUUACCCUUUAGAGGGCACAUGGUUUUUGCAUUUUAUAGAUUCUCAUUGGAUGAUAAUUACUCCCUGAAUAAACAGGCUGCUACGUGAAGUUUAAAUGGCUUUGGCCAAUGUUUCUAUGUUUUAUAUCUAUUAUCUAUAGAUGUUGCUAAUGCUUUAAAUCAUUGGUUUUUAUCUCA